CGCGACGACCUCAAGGCGGUAGCGUGGCCCAUCGCCGUCGGCGACGGCCCGAGCGUGCUCAUAGUUGGGGCGGGGAUGGGCGGGCUGAGCCUCGCGCUAGCGCUCGACAAGCGGGGCCUCACCAACUGGAUGAUCUUCGAGAAAGCCGAUGGCGUCGGCGGGACAUGGUGGACGAACCGGUACCCUGGGUGCCGGUGCGACGUGCCGGCCAUCGCGUACCAGCACUCGGCGCACCUCAAUCCCGCGUGGAGCGAGACGCACCCCGAGCGCGCCGAGAUCCAGCACUACUGGGAGGCGCUCGCGCGGGGCGAAGGCCUGUGGCCGCGCAUCAAGCUGCGCUACACCGCCGUGCGCGCGGAAUGGGACGCGUCCGACGCAGCAUACUACGUCGUGAUGCGCAGCGGGGACGGGGAAGAACACAUCUACCGCGCCGACGUGUUGGUAAACGCAUGCGGGAUGCUGAGCACGCCGCGCGCCGGCGUGCCAGGCGCCGAGAGCUUCGGGGGCCGGGUAAUGCAUGCGGCCGACUGGCCCGCGGACCUGCCCGCAGAGGAUCUGCGCGGCCGCGUCGUGGUCGUCGGGAACGGGUGUUCGGGCGUGCAGAUCGUGGGCGCGCUCUCCGCGCUCCCGGUGGACGUCACGGUCGUCGCGCACACGCGGCAGUGGUUCGUGCCCUCGCCGCGCGGGGCGCCGCGCCAUUCCGUGCUCCACACACCCUCGCAGAUCGCGCGCUGGCGCCGCUGGCCUCUUCUUCUGCGGCUGGAGCGCGUGCGCGCGCAGUGGCGCAUGGACGCCAAGUUCGCGUGGUACCGCACGCGCGAGGGCGCGGCGGCGCGCAAGCGCAUGGAAGAGGGCAUCGGGGCGUGGAUGCGCGCGGCGUUGCCCGAGUACAUGCGCGACACCGUGCCGUCGUAUUCGUUCGGUGCCCGCCGGCUCAUCUACGAAGACGGGUACUUUGACGCGCUGAAGCGCAACGCGCGCUUCGUCGACGGGCGCGUGGAGCGGAUCACGCGCGGCAGUGUGGUGCUCAGCGACGGCCGCGAAAUUCCUGCCGACACGAUCGUGCUCGCGACGGGAUACGAUGCUGCCGCCGUCGCGUUCCCCGUCGUCGGCGACGCAGACGCGACGGGCAACUACGCGUCGCGCACCGAGUGGACGGUGUACCGCGGCAUCGCGAUGCCGGGCAUCCCCAACUUCUUUACCGUCUUCGGGAACAACAUGUACCUGAACCACAUUUCCGUGUCGUCCGUGCUCGAGAUCCAGGCCGCGUAUAUCGCGCGCAUCGUCGCUGCGAUGCGCGACCACGGCGUCCGCCGCCUCGCGGUCACGCGCGCCGCCGCGGACGCGUACCAUACCUGGCUGGAUGAGCGGCUCCGACUUAUGGUCUGGUAUGAAGUCGCGAGCUUUUGGCGUGCAGGCGGGACGGGGCGCAUUUUCACACAUUAUCCCGGCAGCGUUAAGCGGCUAUGGUGGGAGAACACGUGGCCGCGCUGGGACGAUUGGGAGGGCGCGGAGCCGAUGCGGCGGUGGAGACGCAUACGGCGUGUGCUGUGGCUGCUGGUUGUGGUGGUGGCGGCGUGGGUGAGUCGGGGCCGUGUUUUGGGGCAACGCAUCGCGUCUAUUCUCGCGCCCCGUGUACGGGUGCUGGCAGCAAUGGAGGCUGUCAGGCGUCGAAUCGCAGACAGCAAGUAGUUGCGUGUGUGGAUGAAUGGCCCUGCUCAGUAAUACCACCCCGAAAGACACCAUCAUCUCCUCGCCAUAUGCCACAUCUAU